GGCCGCCCAGGGGCGGAAACGCGCAGGUCCUGGAAGCCGGGCGGUGUCACCUGCGAGGUCGCGGCUGGGGUCGCGGUGCGGCGUUGGCAGGGACGCGUGCACGCCUGGGGGGCCCGGGGAAGCGCAGGGCCUGGCGCCGGAUAUUUAAGAGCUGAGCAUUUGUGCACGUGAGCGUGUAGUCCUCGGGUGAGGGGCACGAUGAAGCCUGCAGCCCCCCACGGCCUGCUGCUGAGCUCCCUCUGCCUGGCGCUGUGCUGCCUGGGCGGCGCGCGCGGGUCCCGGAGGAGGGUUGCAGCUGAUCCGGGUGACAACCAUCAGUGGAAAAAGCUAAUUAUGGUUCACCACUGGCCUGUAACAGUGUGCAAGGAGGUUGAGAACGACUGCAGAGACCCUCCGGAUUACUGGACCAUCCACGGAUUAUGGCCCGAUAAAGCAGAAGAAUGUAAUGGAUCAUGGCCCUUUAAUUUAGAAGAGAUUAAGGACCUUCUGCCCGAAAUGAAGAUGUACUGGCCUGAUGUGAUCCAUCCACUAAAUCACAGCCAUUUCUGGAAGCACGAGUGGGAGAAGCACGGCACCUGUGCUGCCCAAGUAGACGCCCUCAACUCGCAGAAGAAAUACUUCGGUGGAAGCCUGGACCUGUACCGGGGGCUGGAGCUUAACAGCAUGCUCCAAAAAUUGGGAAUAAAGCCAUCUAUCAAUUACUACCAGAUUUCAGAUAUUAAAGACGCCCUUGCCAGCAUAUACGGAGUCGUACCUAAAGUCCAGUGUCUUCCACCGAAACAGGGUGAGGAGGUGCAGACGAUCGGUCAGAUCGAACUGUGCUUCACCAAGGAGCUGCGGCUACGGAACUGCACGGAGCCGGGGGAGCCCGGGGGGCCCAGGGGGGCCGGGGGCCCGGGGCUGGAGGUCUGCGAGGACGGCCCGGCCUUCUACCCGCCGCCACAGCAGACGGCUCCCUGACGCCCACAGGCCACGGGGAUGUUUUGAAAAGCUGGAGAGAUGCACAAAGCGCUGCCUGUCAGAAAGCGGCUGCCAAGUGGAACGUUGCGUCUGCAAGCGUCUCUGCUGCAAGGUGUUCGGUUUUGCGUUUCCCUUCACGCCCGUGUGCUGACGCUGUACCUGUAAAUCUGGGCUGAAUAUGGGUGCAGCAGGAGAAAGGAAGCCUCCCACGCCUCGGUAGAGGCUUUGUGGUUGGAAUAAAGGAUACAGAUUUUCUUUCCUUCUCCCUUAU